AUGAGGAAAAGGGAAUUUUUUUUUUUAAGCAUGAAUGGCAAUUGACAAUGCUCUUUAACGAAGCAACAAAAGACAGCGGACAGUCCAACCACAUACCGAGGAGACCAAGAAUUGGCAUACCUCUGCUCUUGCUCUCGAUUUCUCUCUCAUAAUUACACCUUCAUUUAUCCUUAAUUCAAUUCCUAAAUUGCGAAUCUAAUUCGAUAAUCAAACUAAAUUCGCUCUUUCGAUCUCUGAUCUCCUCACUUCAAUGCUAAAUUAGGGAUCAAUUAUCCCCCAAAAUUAAUUUUUUCUUAAUAUUGAAGAAGAAAGCUGGAAUUCUAGGGUUUUAGAGUGAUCAAAAUAAAUGUUGUCGAAUCAUAUCCAAAACAGUAUGGAAACUGCGAGAUUGGUGUGGUCUCAGUUGCCAAAUUCAGAGGAGGGAGAAUUUGAAGAAGUUGGAAUUUCUAAGAAGAAUGAUUCUAAUGGUGUCGAAAGCCUUGAUUAUGAAGUUAUCGAAAAUUACGCCUAUCGAGAAGAACAGGAAACGAGGGGGAAACUGUUUGCAAGUUAUCAAGUGUCUUUGAAGUGGUUCCUCGCGCUAUUGAUCGGUGUUGGCACUGGACUUGCUGCUGUUUUUAUAAAUAUCUCCGUUGAAAACUUUGCUGGGUGGAAAUUCGCAUUGACAUUUGCCAUAAUUCAGAAAUCAUAUCUGGCUGGACUACUAAUUUAUGUGCUUUUCAAUUUAGUGCUAGUUUUUUCCUCUGUAUAUAUAGUUACCCAUUUUGCGCCAGCUGCAGCUGGAUCUGGUAUUCCAGAAAUAAAAGGCUAUUUGAAUGGAAUUGAUGCCCAUGGCAUACUUUUAUUUAGAACGUUAGUUGGAAAGAUCUUUGGAAGCAUUGGUUCAGUGGGAGGUGGAUUAGCCCUCGGCAAAGAAGGCCCUCUUGUUCAUAUUGGUGCUUGUAUAGCUUCUCUCCUGGGACAAGGUGGAUCUACAAAAUACCAUUUGAGUUCAAGAUGGCUUCAAGGUUUUAAUAGUGAUAGAGAUCGUCGUGAUCUUGUGACUUGUGGCUGUGCAGCUGGAGUUGCAGCUGCUUUUAGAGCUCCUGUUGGAGGUGUGUUGUUUGCACUUGAGGAGGUUACAUCGUGGUGGAGAAGUCAGCUUAUGUGGCGUGUCUUUUUUACUUCUGCUGUUGUUGCGGUUGUUGUACGUACUGCAAUGUCAUGGUGUAAGAGUGGGAAAUGUGGACACUUUGGUGCUGGUGGCUUCAUAAUAUGGGAUAUUUCAGAGUUAGAACUUCAAUUUCUCUCAGCUAUUCUUUUAUCAAUUCCUACUUUUGUCUGCAGGUUUCUAACCAAACCUUUUUUUAACAGUGGUCAAGAGGAUUACUCAUUUGCGGAACUAUUGCCAAUGGCAGUUAUUGGGGUGAUCGGUGGUCUUCUUGGGGCUUUAUUCAACCAACUUACACGCUAUAUAACUUAUUGGCGUCGCAAUUAUUUGCACAAGAAAGGGACACGAGUUAAAAUGAUUGAAGUCUGCCUUAUUUCAGUAAUUACUUCUGCAAUUUCUUUUGGGUUACCACUUCUAAGAAAAUGCAGCCCCUGUCCUGCUUCAGAAGUUGGAUGUCCUAAUCCCCCAGGAAUGUAUGGGAAUUAUGUAAAUGUAAGUACUCUAUCAUCUUUUUCAUUCAUUGUACAGUGUAAAUUCUGAAGCUUAAUCCUGCUUUUUAAGCAAGUUCUUGGCAUUUUUUUUUAAAUAAGUCUAUCAGGUUUACUGAAAAUUCUCUCUAAAAAUUUCUCAAGUGUGAAAAUGACUGAAGUCAACACACCCUUAUAUAGGCAAAAUGAGAAGGCGAAGGGUCACUCCCA